ACAUGUAAUGUGUCCCAGCUCUGCCUCCUAAAACCUGGAUCUUUACCUCCAACAGAGCUGAAAACACGCCUGAUGCGCAGUAAAUCACUAAUAUCGGUUUAGUGUUCGGUUGGGACUUAAAAUGGACCCCGGCUGUCAUAAAACUGGGCCGUGAGGAGCUUUUUCCUGGCAGACAUGGCUGGUUUUUGUCAUGUGGUUUGUGAGAAAACCCGUAUUGGAUCUCUGUGGUCACCUGAGUGAAGAAGCUGAAAAACCCCCACUGAUGAGCGGAGUGUCAGCGAAUUAGUGGGAGAAAACACGCCGAGUGGGUUUGUAGAAAAAUAUUCACGAGUAUAUCCGAACAGAAAGCUCACAAUCCGAGAGAAAAUCCGUUUUAUUCCACAAAAACCCGCAAAAACAGCAACAGGAACAGAUUCUGAGCCUUAAAAUGGGUUGAAUCAGAGUCACGUGGUUACAACAACACAAUCUCAUGUUUUAGGCAUAAAAAUGAUCAAACAGGGAUUAAAAAAAUACUGGUUUUAUGCCGUCGAGAGGAGCGUAAAGGAGUCCACUCCGCGUCUUAUUGGGCGCAUUAAGAGUCGCAGUUUUGGCGCAGAAACAGCCGCAGAGCUCUUAGAGGACAGAGAGGACAAAAAGAUCCGGUUCCGUGUGUUUUCAGCCAGGAUCCGGCUUCUGUUGGCGGUUCCAGCCGCUAUAAACCCGUCAGAAGCGGACCGAACCCCGGGCCGCAGCCCCUUCUCGGUCUGCCCGAUCACAGCGCCUCCUCAGCGGCCUCCAGCUGCGCACCUGCCCGCUCCGCGGCUCACGUGUCCCGGACUGUCUUCCUCACAUGACCCGGGUGUUUGUCCCCGUGAUCAGCGCCUCCAUCUCCGUCCAUCCGAGCUGCUGAAGUUUCUUACAUCCUGGGAAGGCUUGAUGGAGAUGCUGGAGCAGAGCCUGGAGGGCUCGGUGAGUCACGCCAAACAGGAAACAGAAGAAGUGGUGCAGCUGCAGGAAGGAGAAGCUGUCGGGACGGAUGGACAGUCGGCGGUCACCAUCACCAGCGUCCCCCAGGCUGCCUUCACCGACCACGGCGUUCAGUACCAGUUCCGCACCGAGAACAACGGCGGACAGGUGACCUAUCGGGUGGUUCAGGUAACCGAGGAUCAGCUGGAAGCGACGGCGGAGGCGACCGGCGCCGUCAGCGUCGUCUCCGCCGCUGCGUUUGCUGGAGCUCCUCAAGCCGUGGCUCAGGCGGUUAUCCAGAACUCCUUCAGUAACGGAGGCAGUCCAGGUGGGGACGCCGUUGGAGGAGAAACGCGUUUCGCUUAUUUUCCCGCAGCCGCCGUCACCGACGGAACGGCGGUGUCGGUCCAGGGCGCCGACCCGGCCAUCACCCAGGCAGGCGGCCAGUUUUACGUCAUGAUGAGUCCGUCGGAGGUUCUGCAGACGGCCAGUCCUCGCACCAUCGCACCCAGAACGCACACCUACACCACGAAGGUCGAAGGUCCGCGGGCCCCCAGAGACGAGAGGCGACGAGCUCAGCACAACGAAGUGGAGAGAAGAAGACGAGACAAGAUCAACAACUGGAUCGUCACGCUGUCGAAGCUGAUCCCGGACUGCAGCGUGGACACCAGAACCGGAGCGAGCAAAGGAGGCAUCCUGUCGAAGGCCUGCGACUACAUCCGGGAGCUGCGGCAGAACAACCAGCGGCUGCAGGACGGCUACAAGGAGGUGGAGCGGGUGGAGAUGGACAACGAGCUGCUCAGGCAACAGAUGGAGGAGCUGAAGAACGAGAACGCUCUGCUCCGAGCUCAGCUGCAGCAGCACGGCGUGGAGGUCAACGGGGACGAGACGCCACAGUGAGCGCUGGACCCCGCAGCGUCAACACGACCCCCUUCAUCCCCGGUGGACCUGAGCCGGACCCGGAGCGGGGACGGCGCCGCCUCCUGCCCCGACAGCUCUUCACCUGCGCACGGCUCCCAACCUCCUCAUCUCGGCUUCUUCCUGCACUCCGGCCUCCUCGCGUGCGAAGCUACUGGUCAUGACCUGAACGUUGAGACGCCGCUGGACUCUGACCGGGCCGCUGGACUCUGACCGGGCCACUGGACUCGGACCGGGCCGCUGGACUCGGACGCAGUUGAAGGCUUUUACUUUUAGAUUUUUUUGUUGUUGACGUAGCUCAGGUAACGGGACGCGGAGAACCUCUGUAGGAAGUUGGGUUUAGUCCCCGUUGGAUGAAGUGUACAGAAACUGAUCUCAGAGACAAUUUUUAGCAUUUCUGCUCUGUCUGCUGGGCAUUAACUGAUGCUGUUAGUAGAACCUCGCCUUGGGGAACCAGAACCGGCGGGUUUUUGCUGUGCGAUCUGGGAUCAGCUCCUCCAACCGUACUGACGACUAGCGAGCUUCUGUUUACACUGAAAGUCACGGCGACUUGGACGCAGAACCAGUGGCAUGACUAAUCCUGACACAAUAAAACAGACGUAUUUAUGUCUGACUGAAUUUCUCUCCAAGUUUUCAGGAAAAAUACAAUAUGAUCACCGUCUGGCUUGCCGUUGGGCUGAAGAUGACCUUUGACCCAUUCCUAUGUUGAUGGACAGCAACAGUUGCUUCUCUGAGGUCAUUGCUGAUGUCUUUCCCUCUUGGUGUUGCAUUACAUGAAACCUUUGAAUUAAUUUUAUUAGGAAACUAAUUAUUUACUUUAAGUUUUGGUUCAGUAAGUCCAACAUAAACAUGAAAAACAGCAUUUUUAUAUUAUUCAUGUAAUUGCUGUCUGAUUGUAGACUGCACUUUCAUUUUAAUUUAGUUUAUUUAUAUAACACCAAUUCACAAUAAAUGUCAUCUCAGUGCACUUUA